AACAUUCAAUUUGAUAAUUUUUCGUUUUAAACAUUUUUUAACUACCAGUUAUUUAUCUUAAUAGAUCUAUAUUCUAUACUGUCUGUACGCUAUAUACUUAAUCUUGUGUUUCAGGUAUAAAAGCAGCAAAUAAAGUUUUAUCGUUUACAUAAUCUAUGAUUGAAGUUUGUAUGGCAUUGUGAAAAGUAUUGGACAUAGUUUGUUUUUCAAAACUUCAAAAUGGCCUGUUGCUUAAAACACUGUUCACGUUCAAUACAUACAUUUAAAGUGCCCACGAAUGAAGAUCUAAAAUUGAAAUGGGAAAAGUCCUUAAAAUUAAAACUAAAACAAUCAUACCGUGUGUGUUCGAAUCAUUUCAAAGAUUCUGACAUAAUUCAUACCUGGACAUCAGGAAGAGGACUUUAUAAAAUUUCUGUGAAGUUGAAAAGAUGGAAACUUAAGAAAAAUGCGAUUCCAUGUCUUAAUAUUAGCGAACUAAAAUCUGAAUCAAUUGACAUUACACCUAAUUCAAUCGUGAAAUUAGAAAAUGGAACUAUAAAUCCUUUGACUAAUUCUAUUCCUAUAGAAACACAAAUGAACAAAACAAAUAAUACCUUAGUGCCUUCUAUCAAACCAUGCACAUCAACUUUACUCCAGGAAAUAAAAAAUGAAGACAUUGACGCUGAAUACGACAUAGAAGAAGAUACCUUAAUCCAACUAAUAUUAAAACAUUCAUCAAUAAUUAAUUUACCAAAGAAUUGGUUUUUUAGUUCAGAAAAUGUGGGAGAUAAUAUAGUUAUUUCUUUUCACAAAUUAAGCCCUUUUACAGGAAAUUUCAAAAGAUAUAUAGAAAAACAAAUAAUUAUAACAAAUGGUUUGAAAAAUGUUUCUAGAGUAAUUUUAAUUUUAAAUUUUAAUAAAAUACCGCUGAUGAAUAUUGGAUUGAAUAUUGAAGUCAUUGAUAGUAUAGAAAGUUUACAAAUACUUUUACAUGAAUUAAAUGAAAUCAAAUGCUGUCAAGGAGUUGCUCUUUCAGAUGACUAUAUUGAUGUUAAAAAAACAUUAGAGCCUCAGUAUGUAGAAUAUGAUGGCCAUAGGUGGCACAAAAAAUGUUUAACAGUGAUUAAACAUAAUGAAGAUGAUUUAUGUUUGUGGUGUAAAUAUUUAUGAAAUAUUUA